CACAAGCAUAUUUCCGUUAUCUUUUGUGAAAAAUAACUGCUAUAACUGUAGUUUCCAGAGGAGUUGUGAUCAUUUCCAUGUAGAUCUGUAUGUGCUGUAUUAUACUGCCCCAUGUGGCCAAGGCGCACACACCAGAAGGAGCAGCACAAUGUCCAUUGAAUUGAAGCCAAACGUGGCAUAAAACGGUUUCAUUACUUUACAUUCUCAUUGUAUGUUUUCAUAAAGUACGGGUGCAAUAAUAUGGAGGUUUUUAAAACACAAUACAAACAGUUUUGUAUUUUUUGGGGGCUGGUGUCUCAAGGCACCACUGCAGUUCAAAGCUGUACAGUACCUCCCUGAUAUUUUCUGGGUGUGGUGAUGCAUUAUUCAGUGUUAUGUGAGACGGAAACCUCUCACAGUGACACGAGCGAGGUGGCUGUUUAUCGGUCAACCUUUGCCUGCGCGAACAUGAGGUGGGCGGGCGGGGCCGAGCGGCGGCACGAGUGCACCGAGAGGGGAGAUAGGGAAUGAUCCCGUCUCUUCAGAUCCUGCUCUCGCUGGGCUGUGGUCAUUUUUCCUCUGCCCUCCAACAACAUGGAUCUACUAUUGUUCCUCAAAAGAACAACAUCUCCCACUGAGACCAUGCACCGUGCCCUUCACUCCGUGUGGACUUCUGGAGCAAGAUAGAGUCCUUCAGCAUGCUGGACCUUCCACGCCGACCCAUGAUUCAGUGCCUCUUUCUGUCCUUGUGGUUGGUGAACAGUUGGCACCGAGCGUCUGGCUCUAUUGGCGAUGGCCGACAGAUGUGGCAGAAGCCCAAGCCGGUCCCGAUCAGUCUAGAACAAUCCUUUCUUCGUGAUACUUUCCCCCCAGGAUUCCUGUGGGGGUCCGGCACGUCCGCCUUCCAGACUGAAGGAUCCCGGGACCGGGACGGAAAGGGUGCAUCCAUCUGGGACCAUUUCACCCAAUCGAGGACGGCCGAUGCGGCCGGUGACAGCUACGCUCGCUGGGAAGAAGACGUGCAGGCGCUCGAGUAUUUGGGGGUGAAAUCGUACUCUUUCUCCCUCUCGUGGCCCAGACUGUUCCCCGAUGGCAGAGCGAGAGGUCCUCCCAGUCAACCUGCAGUGGAGCACUACAACCGCCUCAUAAAUAGGCUUCUGCAAAAGCAAAUCGAGCCCAUCGUUACCAUCCAUCAUUGGGAUCUGCCGCUGGUCCUGCAGGAGGUCUACGGCGGAUGGAAAAACCACACGCUCGUUGGAUUGUUCGAGGACUACGCUGCCUUUUGUUUCGGCGCGUUCGGGGACCGCGUUAGGUACUGGCUUACGAUGCAUAACCCGUAUCUGGUGGCUGUGCACGGGUACGGCACUGGGGUGCAUGCCCCCGGGGAAACCGGGGGGGACGCCGCCGCUCUUAUUGUGGCCCACAAUUUGAUCAGGGCACAUGCCAAAGCCUGGCACACCUAUAAUACCCACUACCGCCCAGCUCAGAAGGGUCAAGUGUCCAUUGUUUUGGGCUCCCACUGGGUUGAAGCUCAAAAAGGCCAAUCCGCAGCCGCCGCUGUCGAACUUUGUCAACAGUCGAUGGAAGCUGUUCUCGGUUGGUUCGCCGAUCCCAUUUUAGGCGAUGGAGAUUAUCCAGCUUCGAUGAAACUCAAGCACGAUGGCCUCCUGCCCGCAUUUUCCGCCGAGGAGAAGCUGCGGGUGAAGAACACGGCCGACUUCUUCGCCCUGUCCUUCGGGCCGAACGUCCUCCGUCUGGGUCGAAACCUGCCUCACUUCGGCCAGAACGUGUCUCCGGAUCUGAGGCGCGUCCUGGCCUGGAUCAAGCUGGAGUACGGGGACUUGCCCGUUCUGCUGGCCGAGGGUGGAUGGUUCUCUGAAGCGAGUGUGGGCAGAGAGGACACAGUGGCCCUUUACCUGAUGAAGAGAUUUAUCAACCAGGCAUUACAAGCUGUCAGGUUGGAUGGCGUUCGGUUGCUAGGCUACACCGCGUGGUCGCUGCUGGACAGCUUUGAAUGGAACUACGGCUACACGGUGCGCCGGGGCCUUUUCUACGUCGACUUCACCCAUCCUAAUCGCACCAGGACGCCCAAAACCAGCGCGCAGUACUACCGGCGGGUUAUCGCCGACAACGGUUUCCCCCGAGUGGAGCCCUCCGCAGAGGUUGAAGGUCACUUCCCCUGUGAUUUUCACUGGGGUAUUGCUGACUCCACCUUGGAGGUACUAACGGUCCGCUUUUUCCCCUUCUCCCCGCAGUUCACAGAUCCCCGUGUGUACAGUUGGAACCGGACAGGAGAUGGACUAUUGCGUGCAAUCCCAGGAGCGAAGCUUCACGCUAAUCGUUCCCAGUGCACGGACUUUCUGGCCAUCCGUAAUCAUCUCUACCUGUUUGCCUCCACGGGGGCGACGCACUACCGCUUCGCUCUGAACUGGUCUCUGAUUUUACCACAUGGGGACCUCUCCAACGUCAACGUGGACGCGCUGAGGUACUACGGCUGUGUGCUCAGCGAGCUGAAGAAGCUGGACCUGGAGGCUGUGGUUAUCCUCUACUACCCGACGCACAAAGCUCCCAACCUGGGCUUGCCCGGCGCUCUGCAUGCCUCGGGGGGCUGGCUCAACUCCAGCACCGCGGAGGCCUUUCGAGACUACGCGGCACUCUGCUACCGGGAGCUGGGCUCACGGGUCCGCUACUGGAUCACGGUGAACGAGCCCAACAGGCUGACGGAUAUUUAUUCCGACGGCGGCGAGCGACAGCGGGCCGCCCGUAACCUCCUUGUGGCUCAUGCGAAAGCCUGGCGGCUCCACGAGCGGAGGCACGCUCAUCGGCCGGGGACUGAGGUGUCGCUGGCGCUACACGCCGAUUGGGCCGAGCCUGCGAAUCCCUUCCUCCUAAGGUCACAUGCGGCGGCGGUAGAGAGAUUCCUUCUUUUUGAACUGGGUCGCUUCCUGGACCCGUUGCUGAGGCCCGGAUAUGAGGAGAAGCGGGGCAAAGGGGACGACCCACCAGAAAUGAAGACUUACCUGAAGGAGCGAGCUCGACUUCUGGGCCAACAAAGAUCUCCUCUUCCCACUUUUAGCAAAAGCGAGAGAGAGGAGCUCCGAGGUGCACUGAGUUUCAUCGCGUUGAAUCAUUUCACCACCCGCCUGGUUUCUCCCUUUCCGAAUAAUGUCCAGCGAAAAGACCCGAGCGACCACGACUGCCUCAUCCUCUCCGACCCCACCUGGCCCUCCUCCGGUCUGGGCCAAGCUCUCGUCCCUUGGGGGCUGCGAAAGGUCCUGACCUGGGUGACGGAGCGAUACGGAAGCGCGAAGCCCAUCGUUGUCACAGCGAGUGGGGUUGAUGACCAGGCUCCUGUCCGGGAUAGCACGAGGCAGCACUAUCUAAAAAGUUACCUGCAGGAGGCUCUGAAAGCACGGCAGUUGGAUGGAGUCAACCUGCGGGGUUUUUAUGUGUGGAAGUUGCAGGAUGAUCAUGCACCUCAGUAUGGUCUCUUUAGCUCAACCAACCACCAAUCCAAAGCAAAGGCCUCCAUUGACGUCUACAGACAAAUCAUCACUCGGAACGGUUUCCCCAAAAACGCUACCUCGAACGAGUGUCGCUCCGCUGAGGUCCGGCCAGCGUGUUCCUUAUGCGUGUGGGUGUCCAAGAACAAGGUCCUGACUUUCUUUGGCUUCUGCCUCAUGCUCACAUCUAUCGUCUUCACCGUGCUGGUCUUCUCCACCGUCGUCACCAGGAGAAAGUACACCAAGGGGCGGAGGAGCAGAGUGAGCAUCACGAGCAGGAGAAGGAGAGGAAGGGGUGCAGAAGUGCACUUGUGUCGGCCUGCUGUCAAGCUGACUCGUUGUGCCAUACAUUAGCGGAGGGGUUCUAAAACUGACCCCUGGGGUCCACCAGCUGUAGCUUACGGGUUGGCAAAAUAAUUGACGAAUCGGUUAGGAACACUGUAUAGUCGUCAUUUUUGCGGAGAAAGGAUUAAGGCGUCUUUCUAGAAUAAAAGUCUUAAUAUUUUGUGAAUAUAAUUGUAUUUUUAAAAUACACUUGGUAAAUUGUUUUUCUUCCCUCAUGACACACAAUACGAAAUAUGUCUUUGUUCUUGUAAUGUCUAUUCUUGUCAUGAUUUUUUUCUCCCAAAAAUAUAGUUGUUGUCAUAAAAUUUUGACUCUUUCUUGAAAAUAAGCAUAAAAAAAAAAUCCUAUGGUAUUUAGGGGUGCGUACACACAGGGGCGUCGAACAGGGACAACUGUUCCAGGGCGCUGAGCAUUUGGGGGUCCCCGGCUGUGCCCUUCGACAAGUAAAAAAACAAAACAAAAACAAAAACAAAAAAAAACCUCUUUCUAGUUUUAUCGGUGUGUUCAGGACAGCUGACUAGGAUGAGUUUGGAGAGUGUGGGAUUGAGAUUAUAGACCCCUUGGUACAUUAUGGAUGCAAUUGGAUGGACAUUGAACUGCUCAAGCCUCAGGAGAUUGAGACUAUAAAAGAGAGAACAUAUUUUGUACACUUUCUAAUUUCUUCAGGCGAGUGAGGAAAGUGUUGCGCCCUAUAAUGUUAGAGUAAUUAAUAUGGGACUCACACAAGGAUUUGUAGACGAUAAGGAAGCAGAUAAGGGAAGAUAAAAAAUCGAAGUUUGAUAAAUAAUCCAACAUAUUUAGACUGUUCAUUUAACAGAUAAUCAAUGUGACAUUUGUAAUUGAGUGAUUUGUCUUUGAAUUUUGUAGACUUUACUCUUCAACUCCUUUCCAUCUAUGUUGAGACAUUUUUUGUUUGUUUGUUUGUUUGUUUGUUUGUUUGUUUUUUGGAGUGGAAUAUAAUUAAAUCUGUCUUGUUUAUGUUUAAGGAUAAUUCAUUACAUUUCAAUCAAGUAAAUCUUGAAGCUCGUCUAAAUUGCUGUGGGACAGAAAUAAAUUGGUAUUGUCAGCAAAUGUGACUAAUUGAGACGAUGUCACAAAGACAUUCAUACAAAGGACGAAGAGCAAAGGUCCCAAAGUUGAACCUUGGGGCACCCCAUAUUUGACAUCGAUUUUUGAGAUUGGAAAUGACGAAUGUUGGCAUAUUGUUGCCUAAAAUGUACUGGAAAUGACUGUUGAACCAUUUGAGAGCCAAUCAGCUCCUGUUUAUGUACAUAUGUAUGUAUACACUAUAUAUGUAUAUAGAAAUGUUGUUUUUUUUUGUUUUAGGGUUAGAGAGGAAAGGGUCCUGAAUACUUUAACAUGUUUUUAUUUGUAAACU